AUGUCCCGCCUAAUAAUCAAAAAUCUACCGGUCUACACGACUCCCGACCGUCUCCGACAACACUUCACGCAGCCCAACGCGCCCAAGGCCACGAUCACGGACGUGAAAGUGGCCCACAAGCGCGACGGCUCCUCUCGUCGAUUCGGGUUCGUAGGAUUCAAGAGCGACGAAGAGGCGAGGGCGGCGCGGGAAUGGUUCGACAAGACGUUUCUGGACUCGGCUAGGGUGAGGGUCGAUAUCGUCGACGGAGCGAAGGACGCGCCGAAACCUCGACCGAAUAAACGGCCGCGUUUGGAGAAAGAUGCGAGUCCCGAGGCUGGGCCGUCGACGCUCGCCAAGCCCGUGAAAGCCAAAGACGCGGAAUUUGAUGCGUUUAUGGACGUCAUGGCGCCUAAAUCGCGUACGGGUCCUGCGUGGGCCAACGGCGAGCCAUCGCAGCCCAAGUCUUCUUCCAAGAAAGACAAGAGGGAGGAAGAAGCGCCGGAGGGACUGAGCGACAUGGAGUGGAUGCGGCGUCGGAUGUCGGACCGUGUCGAGGCCGACAAGGCGUUCGAGCAGGACGACGACGACGACGGCGGCGGGGGCAGUGCCGAGAAGCCGACGGUGUCGCACGACAAGCCCGAUUCGACGCGAAGUACGAUCCUCCAGACCGGGCGCCUGUUCGUCCGCAAUCUGGCCUUUUCCUGUGCAGAGGAAGAGCUGAAGGAGCUCUUCGGGCCCUACGGCGAGCUGUCCCAGAUCCACCUCCCGCUCGACCCAGCAACGAAACAACCGAAGGGUCUGGCCUACAUCCGCUUCACCAAACCCUCGGACGCUCUCACCGCGUACGACGCGCUGGACAAACGAUCAUUCCAAGGCCGACUGUUACAUAUCCUGGGCGCCGUCGAUCGACACGGUAACCUCUCGCUCGAGACGGAAGAGGGAAAGAAGAAGACGUUGAAGGAUGAGAGGGCUGACAAGCGCAAGGCUGGGGCGGGGAAGGAGUUUAACUGGAGUAUGCUCUACAUGAACAGCGACGCAGUAAUCACAUCCGUCGCAUCCCGCAUGAACAUCUCCAAAUCCGACAUCCUCGACCCAUCUACCUCAAACGCAGCCGUAAAACUCGCUCUAGCAGAAACGCACGUCAUAUCAGAGACCAAAACCUACCUCGAGUCUCAAAACGUCGACCUCAACUCUUUCUCGUCCCGACAACGUUCAGACACGAUUAUAUUGGUGAAGAAUAUACCGUUCGGGACGAGCAAGGAGGCGUUGGAGGAGAUGUUUAGUGCGCAUGGGACGCUGGAAAGGUUGUUAGUGCCGCCGGCGGGGACGAUGGCCGUUGUCGUGUUCGAGAAGGCGGAGGACGCGAGGAGCGCGUUCAAGGCGAUCGCGUAUCGCCGGCUGGGGAACAGCGUGGUAUACCUCGAAAAGGGUCCCGCGGGCAUGUUCAAGGCCGCGCCUUCGGCCACCGCGAAGGACGCCCCCACUGUGGAUGGAGUCAAGCCCAUCGCUAUUGCCGACGAGAACGAGGCAGAGCCAGAUCUAGCGGCUGGAACAACGCUCUUCGUCAAGAACCUCUCAUUCGCGACUACCUCCGACCGUCUAAUCGCUACAUUUUCUCACCUCCCUGACUUUUCCUUCGCACGCAUCCAAACCAAACCCGACCCCAAACGCCCAGGCGCACGACUCUCCAUGGGCUAUGGUUUCGUCGGGUUUAAGACGAUUGAAGGUGCCAAGAGGGCGUUGAAGGGUAUGCACGGGCAUGUGCUUGAUGGACAUGCGUUGAGCGUUCGGUUCGCUGGGCGCGGGGCUGAAGAGGCGGACGGGAAGGAGGGAGGGAAGGAUGUGGGAGGAAAGGGAAAGAGUAGGACGAAGAUGUUGGUCAAGAAUCUGCCAUUUGAGGUUACGAGGAAGGACGUGCGCGAGCUCUUCAGCGCACACGGUCAACUGAAAUCUCUCCGUCUCCCCAAACGAUUCGAUCGCCGAACGCGGGGCUUCGCAUUCUUGGAAUUCAGCUCCAAGCACGAAGCGGAGUCCGCGUACAAUGCUCUCAAGCAUACGCAUUUGCUCGGUCGUCACCUCGUGUUAGAAUGGGCCGAUGAAGGGGAAGUCGAUGUUGAGGAGUUGAGGAGGAAGGUCGGGGUUGGGCUAGGUGAUGGUGGUGAGAUGCCUGGGAAGAAGAGGAAGUUGAAGAUGGUGGAGGAUGCGGAUGAUGGUAUGGACGGGAUGGAGGAGUAG